GACUCACACACUGAUGCUCAAUGAUGGCGGAUAGUGCGAGUGAGAGCGACACUGACGGAGCCACCCCUCAUUGCUCCUCAUCUUCAUCCUCCUCCAUCCUCAUCUCUUCAUUCCGUCUUGAGGAGCUGUCCAACCGCCUGGCGUCUUUGCAGCAGGAAAACAAAGUGUUGAAGAUCGAGCUCGAGACGUUUAAACUGAAGUGUAAAGCUCUGCAGGAGGAGAACAGAGACUUGCGCAAAGCCAGCGUUACCAUACAAGCGAGAGCAGAACAAGAAGAAGAGUUCAUCAGUAAUACCCUGUUUAAGAAGAUUCAAGCCUUGCAGAAAGAGAAAGAAACACUAGCAGUCAACUAUGAGAAGGAAGAGGAGUUCCUCACCAAUGAGCUCUCUCGGAAACUUAUGCAACUCCAACAUGAAAAAGCUGAACUGGAGCAGCACUUAGAACAGGAGCAGGAGUUUCAAGUCAACAAACUGAUGAAGAAGAUCAAGAAGCUGGAGAACGACACCAUCUCCAAGCAGCUCACCUUAGAACAGCUCAGACGUGAAAAGAUCGACUUGGAAAACACUUUAGAACAAGAACAAGAAGCACUUGUGAAUCGGUUAUGGAAGCGUAUGGACAAACUGGAAGCAGAAAAAAGGAUUCUUCAGGAGAAGCUGGACCAGCCUGUUUCUGCUCCUCCGUCCCCGAGAGACACCAUCUCCAUGGAGAUCGACUCACCUGAGAAUAUGAUGCGACACAUCCGAUUCCUCAAGAGUGAGGUGGAGCGGCUGAAGAAAAACCUCCGCACUUCAGAACUGCAGCAUACAGAGAAGCGGGCUCAGUAUAUUGAAGAAGAGCGCCACAUGCGGGAGGAGAACAUCCGCCUGCAGAGGAAGCUCCAGAGGGAGGUGGAGCGCAGAGAGGCUCUGUGCCGACAGCUCUCUGAGAGCGAGUCCAGCCUGGAGAUGGAUGAUGAGAGGUACUUCAAUGAGAUGUCUGCUCAAGGCCUGCGCCCUCGAACCGUAUCCAGCCCCAUUCCCUACAGCCCAUCCCCAUCCUCCAGCAGACCCAUCUCACCAGGACUGUCGUAUGUAAGUCACACAGUGGGCUUUACUCCACCAACUACGCUUACCAGAGCAGGCAUGUCCUACUACAACUCACCCGGCCUGCAUGCACAUGUAGGAGCCUCGCACGGCAUUGCAAGACCUUCUCCAAGGCGAAGCAACAGUCCAGACAAAUUCAAGCGGCCUACGCCGCCACCUUCCCCCAACACACAAGCUGGUGUCCAGCCGCCGCCACCUCCUCCACCCAUCGCACAUCCAGUGUUCUCCCACAAUGCUCCACAGCAGCCUUAAACCAUUGCAGCAUCAGAAAAAGACUCGAAACAGAGCUGCUACACUGUAAUCUUCACCAUCUCACACAUAAGCCAUUCAUCUGUGCUCUUCAUAUUUUGUGCUUGAGAUGCUCUUAAGGCAUUCAGAGGGAAUCUAUAGCACACUUUUAGCUGGUACUUCGUACUCUAAGUGUGUGUCAAAUGAUAUACACCCAAGCAAUCUCUUAGAAAUUGCUGUGAAAUACUAAAAAUAUUACCAAGAAUAUAAUGUGCAUCAAAUAUUUUUUUAUAGUUGGAUAUUUUCUCAUGUUCAAUCACUUUAAAAGUGUCAGUCACUAAACAUCAUAGAAAGCCACAAGUUAAAAUCACAGUCAAAGCAUUUAUAGAUUAAACUUUAAUGUUACUUUUUGAUAUGUUUCGGUGAUAUUAUUAAUAUCUUGUCUCAGAACAAGAAUAAAAACUAAAUUCAGCUUAUACAGCAAAUGUGUUUUAUAGUUGCCUCAUAAACAUAGCUGUAAAAUAUGCCAAUCAUGCUAAAUCUCACAAAGAAAUGUCUAGGGCAGUGUUUCUCAACCACGCUCCUGCAGGACUACCAGCACUGCAUGUUUUGGAUGUCUCCUUUGUACAUUUACAUGGCUUUCAGUCUCUGCUAAUGAUCUGAUGAUCUAAAUCAGGUGUGUUUGGUUAAAGAGCCAUGGAAAUGUGCAGAGCUGGUUGUCCUCCAGGAACAUGGUUGAGAAACACUGGUCUAGGGCAUAGGUCUCAAUCUCGAUUUUUGGAGGGCUGCAGCUCUGUUUUGCUCCAACCCUAAUCAAACACAGCUGAUCCAAAUAAUCAAGGUGUUCUCGAAUACCAUAAUUAGUUGAAUCAGCGGUGUUUGAUUAGGGUCAAAGCUAAACCGUGCAGAGCUGCGGCCCUCGAGGAAUAGAGUUUGAGACCUAUGAUCUAGGGCAUAUUUCACUCUCAAAAGUCUUAGUAAUUGUAAAUGAAAAAAGUUGAGAAACAAUUUCCGAAACUUUCCAGAUUUACUCUUUUAGUAAAACGUUACAUUUCAGUAGUUUGAAACAAUAUAUCGGGAAACAAGUAUGUAAAAAACAGAAAAUGCAGUAGCAGUACAGUAUAUUACUGUAACAUACAACACCAACCCAAACAAUAUAUCACUUUAAACUAUUAAAGAUGUUCAAAAAAGUCACUUUUUCAAACCUUUCAAUGCUAAAAGUCGUCGGAAGAAUGAAUAAGAUCCCAUAAUGCAAUUCAAAAGCAUGAAUAAAUGUAGAAAAAUAAAAAUUAUGAAUCACAAAAUACAGAAAACUGCUCAUUUACAGAUGUUUUCAGUGUAUUCAGAUUGAUUUUGAAUUGAAAUAUGACCUGCACAUUAAGUGACUUGUUUAAAUGACUGUCUUUUUGCAGCUGCUAUAGUAAUGCCACACUUUAAUUUUCCCAAUGUGUUCUAGAAGCUUUAUAUAUGUUCUCCAAGACAUUGAAGGUGUAGAUCAGGGGUCACCAAUCUCGGUCCUGGAGGGCCGGUGUCCCUUGUAUGGUUUUGCUCCAACUUGCCUCAACACACCUGCCUGGAUAAUUCAAGUAUACCUAGCAAGACCUUGAUUAGCUUGUUCAGGUGUGUUUGAUUAGGGUUGGAGCUAAAAUGUGCAGGACACCGGCCCUUCAGGAACAAGUUUGAUGACCACUGGUGUACAUCAAAGGUGUCAAAUCCAGUUCCUGGAGGGCCGCAGCUCUGCACAGUUUAGUUCCAACCCUAAUCAAACCCACUCACUUGUAGGUUUCAAACAAGUCUGAAGGACUUAAUUAGUUUGAUCAGGUGUGUUUAAUUAGGGCUACAGCCAAACUCUGCAGAGCUGUGGCACUCCAGGAACUGGAUUUGACGCCUGUAGUGUAGAUUAAGGAAGACUAGAGCAGGGGGGACCAACCCUGUUCCUGGAGAUCCACCUCCCUCAGAUUUCAGCUCCAACCCAUAUCAAACACACCUGCCUGUAAUUAUCAGCCACUGUUCAGGUCCUAAUUAAUUGGUUCAGCUGUGUUUGGGCUGAAAUCUGCAGGAAGGUAGAUCUCCAGGAACAGGGUUUGAGUGUGUUUCUGUAGAGCGUUUGCCUUCUCAUAAACUCACCUCUGCACAAACAGUGUCUGAUACCACUGUGAUUAUAUAUGUAUAGUUUUAUUUUACCUUCAGAAAUUCUGCAUUUGAACAAUUGUGCUUGGAAGCAAGUCCAAGCUUGGGUAAAUAACUUGUUGUAUGCUUUGCAAAAACCAUAUGGAAGUCACUUUUUAAGUGUUACCUCCAUUAGUUUAUGCUUGUAAUCAGUUUUUGUAGGAGUUACCAAAUAAAUCCCAGAGUUGGUGCAGCUGAAAGCAAGUAGACGGAAGAAAGCGCUUUUUAAAUACUGUGAAUAAGUAAUUUCAUGCAGAUGUACUGCAGAUCAAAGCAAACCAAUGAUUCUUUUCCUGGUACUAACCAGCUUGUUUGUAGUUAAGUGAGCUGUUUAAGAUUGGUUGCCAUGGCCAUGUGGACACUGCAAGUGUACAUAGAUGCAAAACAACAGUGUUUGCUGCAGCUUGACAUCUGUGCUCUUCUUAUUAGCACAUGGUGUGUCUUUAAAUCAGUUUGAUUUUGUCUUUAGAGCUUCGUUCAUUUAAUCGAGGAUGCGUAUAUUUAAGUUGACGUUUCACUUGUUUACCGUAUUACUGUAAAUAGUCAUGUCUUUGUUUUUUAAUUCUGUGUUUCUGCAUUUGUUUUCGUUCCUUUUAGUCAUUUUGUUGGCCUGACUAGAUCUUUUUGUUUUUUUUUUCGGUUGACGAAUGAAUGUAACGUUUGCUAAUUUUACUGCUAUCAUUAACCGAUAGGACACCUUUGAGCCUUAACUCACUGUAGUGUUGCUAAAUGUAAGCGUCGUCUAGCUUAUCCCCACAUCCGACUAUUAAAGCCUUAAAAUGUGGUUCGGCUAUUCCGUGGUUUGUUUGUUUGUCGAGCAGAUGAUAAUUUCUGGUCCAUUUGAAACAGGUACAGGCUGUGCGUUUCGUGAUUUUUGUAUAGUAGAAACAUUAUGUCAUGGUUAUUUUUGGUUAUUAAAACAUUGAUGAUGAUCAGAA